CUCACUCAGCCAAUUCCCAUUCGAUUAUCAUAGCUUUUUUGUUCUUCUUCUCCUUGCAUGGAAAUUCCAAACAGUGUUGGAUUUUCUCAUUUAUAUUGUUUGUGUGCUAAUGCUAGAACAAGUAUAUGUCCCACAAGGAUAAAGGCCCUCUGGUAAUUAUUAGAGAUGUGAGAGCAUUAAUCCUAGCCUUUGCAUCAAAAGCAUGGACCCCCAAUUGCAUGAGGCAGCAAGACGAGGGAGCGUCCCUCUCUUGAAAGCCAUCAAAGAUGAGGACCAACAAAUCCUCCACUCUACAGCUCCGCAAAUGAACAAUGCCCUACACAUUGCAGCGAGAUUAGGACAUGCAGAAUUCACCAAAGAGAUCUUGGGCCGAUGUGGGGCUCAUCUCAUGCAAGUGAAUUCCGCAGGUGACACUCCUCUACACUGUGCUGCAAGGACUGGACGGCUCAAUGUAGUUGAAAUCCUAUUGAAUUGGAUUGAGACAGAAGAUAGAAGUCUGGGGCUACUUAGGAUAACAAACAAGGAAAAGAACACAGCGUUACACGAAGCAUUGAGGAAUCGGCAUGGGCGUGUGGCCAUGAAGUUAUUAGAAUCAGAUUGGAAAUUGGCAUGUUUGGUUAAUGAAGCUGGUGAAUCGCCAUUGCAUAUAGCUGCCAGAGAGGAGUUGCUGCAAGUUGUUCAGAUGAUUUUGGACACUACACCAUCAGCAGAUGAGCUUAUGCCUUUGCAAGAAGUUGUAAACAGGAUUCAUGCUGACCUAUGGGAGCAAAAGAGAGACAUAGUCAGAAUCCAAGACAACCAUGGCCGAACUGCCCUUCACUAUGCAGCAUGCCAAGACAAACCUACCAUAGUUUCAGUGUUAUUGAGAUCUGACCAUUCCCUCGCUUACAUCUUAGACAACAAUGGCUGCUCACCUCUUCACAUUGCUGCUGCUUCUGGUUCCCCAUUGGUGAUCGCUGAGCUACUUAAACACUGCCCGGACGUUAGCGAGCAACUCGAUCCAAGUGGGAAGAAUGUAUUUCACAUUGCUAUUAUAUACCGCAAGUAUUCCACCGUUCGCCGCUUAUUGCGUAUGCCAGAGCUUGAGGGGAUGAUAAACGAGCCUGAUGCAGAUGGAAACACUCUUCUUCAUCUUGCUGCGAAGUACCGUAGUGAUGCACUGUUGAUGUUGUUGUCAAGGGACAGAAGGAUGGACAUGACGAUCAUGAAUAAGGAUGGUCAGACCGCCCUUGACCUUAUAGAAAUGGACCCGGAGAAUCACGAAAUUCAGCUGCUCAUCUUGAAAUACUUGAGAUAUCAUGGCGCGAUCCGUGGACGACGGCAGCAAAUGCCGAGUGGAAUCCAUGAAACAAGGCCACAAAACAUCGACAUGGCUGACUGGAACGAGCGCUACAAAGCCAGGGUCAGCACAUACACAUUAGUGGCUGCACUCAUCGCCACCGUCACCUUCGCUGCCGCUUUCACAAUGCCGGGUGGGUACAGGAAUGACGACCCAAACCAAGGGGCUGCAGUGCUUGUGAAGCGCUGGUCGUUCAAAGCUUUCUUGUUCUCAAAUACAAUUGCAUUAUGUUGCUCACUUAUGGUCGUUGUCUGCUUCAUCUGGGCAUGGGGUCAUCACAUGAGUUUCUUACGUGAUAUGCUUAUGUGGGGCCAUCGGCUUACUAUCAUUGCAUGCCUGGCACUGAUGGUUUCAUUCAUGGCAGCUGUAUAUGCAGUGGUUGCACCAGAGUGCUUGUGGCUAGCUAUUUUGAUCUUGGCUAUGGGUUGCAGUGGGCCAUUCCUUGUCUACUGUUUGAUUGGUCAUACAAUCUGGUACAUUCCUUUCUAAGGUGUUUCGUGGGCUGGAAAGAACAGUGGUCCAAUAUGAGAAGCCAGUUUGAUGCAUGUGACUGCAUGGAUGUUUUAAUCCCACCAUUUGGUAAGUAAACCAUCCUAAAGGUAACCAUAAUUGCGAGUUGCCCAAUAUUGAGUACUUCUGCUUAUAAAAAUGUAUAUCGUCACCAGCCAUUCAUGUACAACGUUUAUAGAAUAAGCUUAUUUUGUAACA